GGGAACGUGUUGGGUAACCCCCUCGGAAUCGCGGGUUGGAGCAGUUGUUUGGGACACUCGGGCAGCCAAUAGGAACCAUCCUUUUCUGGCAACCAAUGGAAGUGGCCGUAACAUCCCAGAAGUGGGGGUGGGGAGGACGCGUUCCCUUUUAAACGGGUGGUGGCCCUGGUAGCCCAGAGGGUGUCCUCUUUGCUAAGCUUGCUUCCUCUGCGAAGGUUCUGCAUUUCUCCACCACCAUGAAUCCUACCAAGGAGGGGCGAAUUGUGAUUGUUGGCAGUGGAAUCAUUGGAAGCAGCUGGGCCAUGGUUUUUGCAUCUGGUGGUUUUCAAGUAAAGCUCUAUGAUACUGUGGAAGCACAGGUUACAAAAAGCUUGAAAAAAAUUGGUGAACAAAUGAAAGAACUCGAAACAGCUGGAAUGCUGAAAGGCUCCCUCAAAGCUGACCAGCAGAUCACUCUCAUUAGUGGUUGCACAGAUUUAAAAGAAGCACUCAAAGAUGCCAUUUAUGUUCAGGAGUGUAUACCUGAGAAUGUAGAACUGAAAAAGAAGAUAUUUUCUCAGUUAGACCUAAUAGUCAGUAAUGAUGCUAUCCUAGCUAGUUCAACCUCGACUCACUUGCCUACAAAAUUAUUCACUGGAUUGAAGCAUGUGCAGCAGUGUAUAGUUGCACAUCCUGUAAAUCCACCAUAUUAUGUGCCACUUGUUGAAUUAGUUCCUCAUCCAGAAACUGAUCCUUCUACAAUGGAGAAAACCUAUGCUUUGAUGAAAAAUAUAGGACAGUCACCAAUUAAAUUAACAAGAGAGAUAGAUGGAUUUGUUCUGAACCGACUUCAGUAUGCUCUUAUUAGUGAAACAUGGAGACUCGUUGGGGAUGGAAUAGUAUCGCCAGAUGAUCUAGACCUUGUGAUGUCUGAUGGCUUGGGAAUGCGGUAUGCGUUUAUGGGACCUCUAGAAACAAUGCAUCUAAACGCUGAAGGAAUGCUGAACUAUUGUGAGAGAUACCGUAAAGGUAUUAUCCAUGUCUUGAAAACAUUUGGACCAAUACCAGAUUUUGCUGGGGAAACAGAACAGAAAAUCAAUGAGGCCAUGGUUAAAAAAACUCCAAGUGAUCCAGAGCACCUAAAUGCCAGGAGACAGUGGAGAGAUGAAUGCCUCAUGCUCCUGGCCAAACUGAAAAAGGAUAUUAAAUCGGAUGACAUGAACCAUGUUUAAAUCACAGAAAAGGGCAUCAUCAAGUUGGCAUUCAAGAGGACACCUCCCUUCCACGGCUAAACAUUACACAUGCAAAAGCCAGUUGAACCACUUAAGUCAAUUAUUUAAGACUGGAAUAUUUUUAUCUGAAAAUGUUUCUAAAUGAUAUUUUAAAGCCACAGUCUCAAACCCCUUGGUUGAGAGUCUGUGGAGAUUCUCAAUCAUCCAGAUGAUAGUUGUCUCAAAAGUAUAUACAGUAUAUUUUUUUUCAAAAGGCAACUGGACUGUUUUUUUUCUUCCUCAAAGAAAAAAAGCACCUUUUGAGAUCCUUGGUUGAGAUGCUUGCAUUUUGUGGGAGGGCUGCAAAGAAAUGUAUUUGUUGAUGGUGGUUUAUGAUUUCCAUCUUUGAAACAAAUGGGAUGCAAAGCAAAAUCAAUUUUAAGCAAGAUACUGAACACAGUAACUUCAAAAACUCUUGGGCCUUCCUAAUGAAAAAUAUUUUUAUGUAGAGGUAGUCCUUGUCUUACAAAUUGAGUCAUAACUGAGCCCAGAAUGAAGGUUGUAAGUCUGAUUUUAUUACUUUUUUUGUGGCAGUCAUUAAAUAAAUGCUGUGGUCAUUAAAACGUCACAUUUUCCGCAAUGGGCAUAUUUUGUAAGAAACCAGAAGUAAAUGCUGGUCCCCAUACAUUGCAAUCACAUGACAGUGGGAUGCUGCAAAUGGCUGUAAAUAUGGGCUGGUUGCUGAUUGCCUAAAGUGCAAUCAUGUGACCAUAGUCCCAAAGAGGCAACUGGACUUUCCUGUUUUUCUUUGAAGACGUUUUGCUUCUCGUCCAAAACGUUGAACUGAAGAAGCUUCUUGGAUGAGAAGCAAAACUGCUUCAAAGAAAACAAGAAAGUCCAGUUGCUUCUUGAAAAAGCACCUUUGCGACAACCAUGAACUGGAUGACUGAGAAUCUCCAUAGACAUAUGAUCACAGGGGGAGGGGUGUGGCCAUCAGAACUUCAAAUCCAGGUUGUAAGUAUAUUUUGGGGGAGACAGGGUCCAUCGUAACUUUGAACAGUUGCUAAGCAAUGAGUCUUAAGUCAAGAACUACCUGUAUCAGUUCUUGGUUCAUAUCACUCUUAAGCUACAAUGUAACAGAGAACAGUAAUAUUUAUUUAAAACUAACUUUUUAAAGUCUUGCUUGUGAUUAAUUUAGGCCAAGUAUCAAUUACUUUUUUGUACGGAUAUAAGUAUUUUGGCAAUGAGGGCAAGGAAAAAAAAAAAAGCUAUCUUCUGGCCUACAUUCUCUUCUGUCCAUAUAUUUAUAGUCAGGAUAAGUCAUGCUAUCCAAGUUUGUAAUUACUCUGAUUGUAGCCAAAUAGAUUUCCAAUAUUAGUUUUAUAUGAAUGGGUCUUCUAUUCAGAUAAUUGUGGUUCACAUUAAAGGCUUUGUGCUGUAUUGACGUAUUAUACAGAUUGGCAAUAAUACCAAUAUAGGAACAAAGGAUAGUGACUGGAUGAUAUGGUAAUGUAGACCAUAAUUUGUUCUCCUUGGCAGUUCUUCCAGCUGCAAGGGGACAUCAGCUGCUUAGACCGGAGUUGUGUCCUUAACAAUUCCUUCAUUUUAUGUCAUGGACGCUUUGGAUUAUUAGUCAAAUAGCAGAUGUGCUAGAUCAGAGCGCCCUUUUAAAGUAUAACAUUAGAUGUGAAAGAUUCUUGGUAUUAUACAGCAUUACCAGUUGGCUGCAAAAGUAAACACAAAUAUUUCAAAGCAAGAUUUCCUUGCAGUACUCCCUCAUUGCCCAACAUCUGUUUAAAACGUUUUUUGUGGCGAAAUGGGUGACUUGCGUUUUAGCGUUGCUGACUAAACAACUGCCUUUUUGUAAGCCUGUCAGUGAGAGUUCUUUAAAGAUUACACCCAGCAGAAUAAACCUCAUGAACCCUGAACUAAAGGCAAGUCCAUGGACUAUAAACUGGAGAAUACAACUGAAAUACCUGUACAUCUCUUUCUUCAUCACGUUUAUGAAAUAUGGGGAAAUCUUUGGGGUUUUCUGUAUGUCUUAACCUACAUUGGGGAUUAUUCAACUGAGGAAGCAUAUCCUUGUCUUCUUUGUAAAGUAUGGGUGAUAACUACAUUACCAAAGCUUUCUUGAGGAGGCUGCUCAGUCUUUGGAAUUCCUGCACUUAGGAGACCAACCUAGUCUCUUGUGAUAUUUUAUAGCUUGUCCUGACAAGAUUGACUUUCAGUGAAUUAAUUAUCAUAAUCCUGUAGGAUUUCAUAUUUGGCUAAUGGGGCCUUCUUUGUUUUAACUGAGCAUGAUUGUGUUAUGAAUUUGCAUUAAUAUUGUCACUGAGGGCUUCUGUUCCAAAAUCAAUAACUUGCCAUAAUUUUAAUGUAUUUUAUCGCCUGGCAUAUGUUUCAUUACUAUUAAAUUUCAUCAGUACAAAACUCAGGAGAUUAGUACUGUACAUUAGUACAAGCUCAAGACAUUUAAUUAGAAGAAAUAUUUAAAUGUAUCAUUACCUUAAUUUAUGUUAAAUUGCAACAUUCAAAAGUCUAAAUUUUAUGCUUCUUUUUGUUCUGUAUUCAUUAUUUUUCAAGCUGCUAUAGUAUCUGUACAUCUGUGAUCUGCUUACCAAUAAAUAUCUAUAUUGAAAUCA